AUGGGAGCUUCGCGUGCAAUGCUGCAUGCUUUAGACAACUGCGCUGUGGGCGAAUGGAGCCAAGAAGAGGUUCAGCUCUUUCGUGCUUUGAACUCCGUGCAGACCGAUUUCAAAGCUGGAACUGACGCUUUGGAGCUCGACAUCUUCUUCCCUCCGACGGCUGCGUCUUGCCGAGCAGCGCUAGAGUGGCUGCACUGGGCACUGAAAGAGCCCCAGUUCAAUCUACAAGGCUUCGCAGAUGCACAGUUGCGGAUGAAAGGCGACACCACAUUCCGGGAAAAGUCCUUGGAGGGCGCUUCGCGCCAGGCUCUCCUCGAGCGCAUGUAUCCUUCACAUCGGUGGCUGGAUGAGGCAGCGAUGCUGCAGGUGAAUCAGCUUACCUUGGGCCUGAUGAAGAAGGCCGCACAGGAACAGCUUGGCUCGGUGGCUGGCCUGGAACUGGACCUGGUUGUGUGUAUCCCUUCCCAUGCAAGUGGGGCAAGUGGCCUCAUGCACGAGGAGUCUUUCGAAGAAGCCUCCGAUGCACCGGUCGAAGAAGAAGAGGCCAUUGCAGAAAUGAGAAAGAUGCUGGAGCGGGAGGUUUGCCGAUGCUUAGGGUCGCUUCCGAGCAGUGCGGGCGACCAGGAGGCCUUCCAAGCCCCGACUCCAUCCGCCAGCAGUCGAGGGGCUGAGCUGCGAGUCCAUUUGCCUGACAAGGAGGCUCGGGCCAUGGUCAUGGUUGGUGGGACCGCACCUGGAUACUGGGGACGUGGAGACGAGACUUGGCAGAGGACAGCUAGGUACAAAGGCUUUUCUUGGGGGCCUCGAGCAGAGCAGGAUCCAUUGUACCCAGCUCGGGCCACCCAGCUCAUGAUGGAGUGCUUGAAUGCCAGACUUCUGGGACGGGUGCGAGAUCAGCUGAGCUUGACAUACAACUGCGAGAUUGAGCUCACCAUGUUCGAGGGCUUCGAUGCUGGACACUUUCUGUGCAAGGUUUUUACAUUCCCUCAGACUGUGGCCCGUGCAGCAGAAGCAGCAGUGCAGGUGCUUCGGAGCUUGUCCCAUUCUCGCGAGUUAACUGUACGGCAAGAAUGCAUUGGACUCACUGGACCUAAGCGUUAA